AUGAUCGCUCGGCUCUCACAAUCACUCCCCUGUGUCAGGGCAGCCCUCCUAGCCGUUUCCCCUCGCCAAACGCUUCUCCCCCUUCACCAAACCACCUCCACCCUCCCUCUCGCAUCUUCACCAUGCCUCCUCCGCAACACAUAUGCCACGGCGGCCACGGCGGCGGCCGUCGCCCGCGCGGCCGAGAAGCGCAGUGCCCCUCGGUCGUACACGCGCGCGCCCACGCCGCCGCCCACCAAGACGGAACCGGAGCAGUACAAGGGCAGCGGCUACCUGGUACGGCGCACUGCCUCGUUCCAGCUGCCCGUGUAUCGCAAACUUAAGUCGGGCAAAACGCGCGAGGUCAUUAUCAUCAAAAAGGUGCACGGCGACCGCCUCCGAUUCCUCGAGGACAUCAAGGCCAGCCUCGCCGUUGCCCCUGACAGGAUCCGCCUCAAUCCCACAACCCAGCAGAUUGAGCUUCAGGGCGACUACUAUAAUAAAGCAAAAGAUUGGCUGGUCGACAACGGCUUCUGA